AAAACAUGUCUACAUUGCCACCGGGAACCUCUACUCUGCGCCGCGACGAAUACUUGAGUGUCAAGAAAGGCAGAGCAACAGAACAGUGCCUACUGAACCUGAUGAGUGUGUUGAGCCUGAAAACCACUCCGAUUCAAUCUUGGCCCUUGAUUUGGACACUGGAAAGAUCGAAUGGUACCGGCAACUAGGAGGGGAGGGUAUGAUGUGUGGUUUUAUCAAUGCAACAAUGCUUCAAUUCCUGGUUGUCCUCCUUCUGGUCCUACUCCUGAUGCUGAUUUUGGUGAAGCACCAAUGAUGUUGAGUGUAUGUGUCAAUGGAACUAAGAAAGAUCUUGUUGCUGCUGUUCAGAAAAGUGGCUAUGCAUGGGCUUUGGAUCGCAACAAUGGCAACAUUACUUGGUUUACGGAAGCUGGACCAGGGGGAGUAGCAGGAGGAGGAACAUGGGGUGCGGCGACGGACGAAAGGAGAGUUUACACAAACAUUGCAAAUUCCGGGGCCAAAAACUUCACUCUUGCACCAUCAAACAGAACCACAACUAGUGGUGGUUGGGUGGCAAUGGAUGCAAGUAAUGGGAAAAUUGUAUGGUCCACUGCUAAUCCUAGCAACAGCACUUCUAAUGGACCUGUUAGUGUUGCAAAUGAUGUUGUCUUUGCUGGAUCAGUAGACCUAUUGGGAUCAAUAUAUGCAAUGAAUGCAAAAAAUGGGAAGAUUUUGUGGUCCUACGAAACUGGAGCAAGUGUCUAUGGAGGCAUGUCAAUUAGCAACGGUUGCAUAUAUGUUGGCAGUGGUUAUAAUGUUAGUUUGUACUUGCCUAGCCUCUCGGGUGGAACCUCGCUAUUUGCAUUCUGCGUCUAA